GCUAGAAUUUUAAAAGACAACGCACGCCGAUCGGUUCUAAGCGUGCUUUCGAAAUUGUGUCUAAAUAUGAUCCAUGCGACAACGUCAGCUGAUAAGUCGAAGACUCUUCUAAUGUGGUGACAGUUUACCGAUUGUUUCAUCUCGUCUAAAUCAUGUCGGCGAUCUUCAACUUCCAGGCGCUUUUGACAGUGCUUUUGCUGAUGAUUUGUACUUGCGCCUACGUACGGUCCCUUUACCCAGCAUUGCUCGACAAAAAUAAGCAGGGGUUAAGGAGCACUUUAUGGAAGCUUGCCCGCAUAGGAGAACGUCUCAGUCCGUGGGUUGCAUUAUCUUGUUUAGCAAUGGCGUUCACCGAUGUAUUUCUCUCGUAAAGGGGGCGCACUCUUUUUUGGAUAGCUUUCUAUAAACGGAUACUUACACAUUGUUGUAACAUACCUCAUUAUCAUCGCGACAAGUCAACAAUACUUAUCAUUCGUUUGCAUGGCAACCGCUUUUUUAUUAACCACAAUUGUUAUGUAGAGUAUGGUUUCGGUAUAACAUGAAAGCUCUUGACGAUAUCCUGGAAGUAUAAUUUUGCGUGCCCCUCAUGCUACUGGUGCUCGUCUCGUAACUUCGUAUAAAUAAAGUAUUUUUAUAAUGAAAUGAAUAAUC